CUGUGACAGAUACCGAAGGAUGACGACUGCUACUUGUGCGGACAUUUUAAAUUUUCAAUAAAUAUAUCUUUCCAAGUGAAUAAAAUUGUAAAAUCAUAAAAAAAGUGCAAAAUAAACUUAAUAGUGACAUUAGACAAUAGAUUUGAAGUGGAAAUUUGCAACAGUUUGCAGUUAAACUCAAUAAAAAGAAUUUCUCUAACACGCAAAAACAGACAUCGAACACGUGUUGAUUUCACAUUUUGAGUGCAAAUAAAACAAAAUAAAUAAGGUAACAUUAAAUUUUCUAAAAUGAACAGAAAGGGCGGGGGGCAGGAAUGUCCCUCAGCCUAUAACUCUACCAUCAGAAGCAGAAGCAGUAGCCGGAGAAGACAAGAUUCACCACAGCAGGAUGAACAAGAAGCACAAUUAGCCAUGAAAAAUAACACAAUUCAAAACAAACCUAAUUACACAUAUAACUCUAACCAUAAAGGCCCUUUUAUGGUAUACGCAGAUAAAAUAUCAAAUAAUGGUGAAAAACAACCUAUCAACGCAAUCAGCUUAAAUAAAUACAUUAUAAACAACAAAAUUCCCGAUAUUACGGACAUCAAAAAAAUUGGAUUUGGAAGAUGCAGACUUCUAUUCAAAAACGGCAACGCAGCCAACAAAUUUUGCGAAAUAACACACGGGGAAUACGAAGGCAAAAUAUUUGCUCAUUUUAUUUCCAAAAUUGGAAUUAUCUUUGACAUCCCAACUGAAAUAUCUGAAGACGAACUAUUAAAGGACAUAAUUUCACCAGUGAACAUUAAACAAAUCAUAAGAAUAACGAGAAAAGUCAACGACGAAGUCAUCCCAACUCGUAGAAUAAAGAUCAUUUUUGAAGGCUUAGAAAUACCAACUGAAAUAAUUUACUCAUAUACAAAAAUUCAAGUCAAACCUUUCAUUUCAUUCGGACAGUGCUACAAUUGUCUCAGAUUUAAUCACUUUUCAAAACACUGCAAACAACAGAAAAAAAUAUGCGCACAAUGUGGCCAAUCUCAUGAACUCAACAACAAAUGUAAUACAAUCUCCUGUACCAACUGUGAAGGAAAUCACAGCGCAACAGACAAAAACUGCCCAGCCAGAAUCAAAGCCUAUACUAUCAAAAAGAUUAUGACAUUGGAAAACAUCACUCAAAUGGAAGCAAGACUAAAAUAUUCAAAUAUCUUCGGGAACAGAUUUUCAAUUUUAAAAGACAACACAACAUUAGAUACAGAAUUUCCACAACUCCCAACUGGUCAAAAAAGAAAACUUUAUAACAAUGCAACUGAAGCGGCAAAACACAUACACCAACAAUACUCCUACGCGAAAGUAACAAAAAUUAAUACAAAUAGAAAUCGAGAAGAAAGUAAUGCCAAUAAAACUAUGGCGGAUUGGAAAAAACUUACACAGGAAAAUAUACACACAAAUAAACAUGCACAACUAGCUUUUCCCACAGAGAUACAACAACUCAUACAAAAACAAGAUGACUUAGCAACAAAAAUCAACCAUUCUAUAUCCAACUUUUUAACAACAAACCCCAGCAACAAAAACACCAAAGACUAUCAUGAUAUGCUCAUAAAAAUCCAAAAUGAAUUUAGACAAAUGAAUGUCUACACAGACUUGUGGAAAAUAAACAACGAAACACUGAAUGAUAAUUUUACAAUAUAACAUCCAAAGUUUAAAAAAACACAACAACAAAGAACUUUUAGAAUUAACCCUAACAAACAAAAAUAUAGACAUAGCCCUUCUCAACGAAACAUGGCUAAAUGAUAACAGCUCAACAUCACUGGCAAACUACAAUUUUGUAGGUAAAUUUCGAAGGGAUGGCUACGGAGGAGUAGGCAUUUAUAUCCGAAAGAACAUUAAAUUUUCAUUAAUAAAAAUCACAACAAAUGCGGAAAUUAUUGGUAUAACAACUCUAAACCUAAAAACUAAUAUAAAUAUAAUUACCAUAUACUGCCCACCAAAUAUGUCCAAUGCAAACUUCAAAGAGGAAUUAUUCAAAACAUUCUCUUUGGCUAAAAACUUAAAAUUUAAAACAAUAAUAGGAGGAGACUUUAAUUGUAAAGCAACACUUUGGGGAAGUGAUAGCAACGACAACAAGGGCACCAUACUGGAAAAUAUAGCAUCAGACUGUGGAUUUGAUUGCUUAAAUGAGGGUACUCCAACAUACCGACAAAAUAAUCACACCUCCCAUAUAGACAUCACUUUCUGCAACAAAUAUCCAGUUAAUAUAGAAUGGAAAGUCCUAAACACAAAAAUCUCCAAAAGUAACCACUACCCUAUCCUAAUCAAACUUAACCAAACCUUCGACAAAAAACAACAAAAUACACACAAAAUUCUACACAACAAAGUUAUCACGGAUAUUCCAAAAUUAAAAAUCGGACAUACAUUACAAGAAGUAAACAGUUCUUUCAAAUCACUAAUUCAAAAAAACACAAUUCA